AUGGUUUUACUAUUCCUGCCCCAAGAUAUCCAGCUGGAGGUCAUCGAGCACCUCCACCCCAUGGAUCUUCAAGCUCUCGCACAAACAUCGACGCAGUGCAGAGCUUUGGUUGGUGUCUCUGAAUUCUCGGCACUCUCCUUGCCAUUCCCUGCAUUCGGACUCCCUCCAUUCGGCGGUGCCAGUCCUACAAGCUCUCAAAGCAGCACCAGCGCCGAUAAUGACACCCUCAUGAGCACCGAUACUGAGAUGACCACCCCAGACGAGGAAGAAUGGGAGUUUCAGAUUACACCAGACAUGAUCAACCGCCUUUCUAAGCUUCCAAAGUCCAAAACUGGAGCUACUUUGACUACCCUUCCCACCGAACUCCAACUUCUGAUCUUUGGUUACCUCGACCAGAUCGACUCUGCCUGCCUUGGACUCGCUUCCCCACGAACCUACGGCGUUUUUAGAGCUAUCCAUGGUACCAAGAUGCCCCUCAACACCCGCCGCAUUGGCCCGAACAAUCUCGAAGCUGCUUGGGAGGUCGUGGGCAAACAAACAUGCACGCACUGCGGUCUCUUCAGAUGCGAGUUGCAUGUGCAUAUCAAGGGCUGGAUGCCGGAGGGCCUGGAGUACUGCCACUUGAAGCGUAACUUUGGACUGAAAGCUCCGGCCGAGGCCAACGGUACUUGCUUCCGGGGCAAGCCCAGCAAGCCGAAACGCUGCGGCCGUCACCCUUUGAGAACUUCAUCAACCCAUCAGGAUGAUUUGGGAUUUAAGCUUUGA